AUGGUUGAAGAAUUUGUUGCUACUGUAUCUGCUAAUCUCAAUUCAGUUCCAAUCCUUAAGGGUGACAGCUUUAAGGAUUGGAAAGAGAACAUUCACAUUGUUCUUGGCUGCAUGGAUUUAGACCUUGCAUUAAGAAUGGAAAAACCCGCUCCUCUUACGGAUGCUAGUUCCUCCGAGGAUAGGAGGAUCUAUGAGAAGUGGGAUCGUUCUAAUCGCUUGAGUCUUAUGAUCAUCAAGCGCGGCAUACCUGAGGCUUUUAGAGGUGCGGUGUCUAGUGAGAUCACUGAUGCUGCAAGUUUCCUUGCUGAAAUAGAGAAACGCUUUGCAAAAAGCGAUAAGGCUGAAACUGGUAUUCUUUUAAAGAAACUGAUUUCAAUGAGGUUUAGUGGCAAGGAAAGUAUAAGAGAGUACAUCAUUGAGAUGUCUAACAUUGCUUCAAAGCUGAAGUUGCUAAAACUCGAGUUGCCGGAUGAUUUACUCGUGCAUUUAGUUCUUAUUUCUCUUCCUCCACAGUUUGACCAAUUCUUGGUCAGCUAUAAUAUGCAAAAGGAGAAAUGGACUCUUAAUGAGCUUAUUUCACAUUGUGUGCAAGAGGAAGAAAGGUUGAAGCAUGGAAAGACUGAUAGUGCUCAUUUGGUUGUUUCUUUUGCAAUAAGGAAGGACAUCAGAAGAAGGAAUGUCCAAAAUAUCACACUUGGCGUGCGAAGAAAGGUACAUUUCUAUCUUUGGUCUGUUCUGAGGUAA